AUGCACUUCCUCAAGACUGCUGCGAUUUGUGCCGCUGCGCUCUCGAGCCUCGUUGUUGCCCAGGCCCCUCGUCUAGCAUUCACCAAAACACCAAGCAGUGUCAUCGCAGGUCAACCAGUCGCAAUUCAGUACACUGCGCAGAACCUGGCCCAGCCUGCAACUAUUGUACUGAGAAAGGGUGACCCUUCCAAUCUGAUGGAUGUCUCUACUCUGACCACCAACGCCCUGAAUGGUAGCUACACUUGGAUCCCUGAUAGGUCACUCGACAACGCAAGCGAUUACGCUCUUCAGAUUUCCCAAGGCUACGAGAUCAACUACUCUGGGCUGAUCACUCUCACUGGUGGUAACGCCUCCGCUGUGUCUUCCGCAAAGUCAGCUAGCUCGUCAUCUCAAGCCGCCCAAUCGUCAUUGACUGCUUCUGCUGUAUCGAGCAUCCAAUCUGUCAUUGCGAGCUACAACUCAUCGUUGAACAACUUGACCGCGGUUGUGUCUAUCCAGACCUCACCUCCCACUCCUCCAUCCAACACUACUGCUGUUGUCGUUGUUGCACCCAGCGCUGGAACCGGUUCGCCCUCCAUUCGCAACACGACCAUUAUCACGCCAACUUUGACUUCUUCGUCUCCAAGCGGAUCGAGAAGUACCGUCACUUCAGUCGUGACUUCGAGCGCAGGAACAUCAUCUCGCGGCUCGUCAAGCUCGACUGCAGCAAGCGCUUCUAGUACCGGCGCCGCAUCAACCAUGGCCAAAGCUAGUACUCCUGUCCUUGCACUCUUCGGUGUUGCUGCAGUCUUUUUCUUCCAGUAG